AUGUCAUACCCAUAUCGUUGGGCAAACAACCUUAAUGAUGCUAUCAGAGCAGGUGAUCCAGUACCGCUUAAGGAAGAGCUGGUCCCUACGGACAAUGUCGGCCGUGCAAUACCUCCGGGAGACGAUGUCUUGGUAAAUAUGGAUAUUAAUUACAAUAAUGGUGACUAUGAUCCCGAUGGAGUGGUAUUUCCUCUACAUGUUCAGGUGCCCAUCUUCAAGGAUCAGAACCUGGUUCUGAAGUCCAAAGACAGCAAUCAGGACUCACCAUCGCACUGGGCCAUGAUAGCCUUGGCAAGUGCUUAG